AGAGGAGUUGCUUGCGACUUCAGAAGUCGCAGGGAGGCUGAGAGCUGGGAGUUUGCAAGAGUUCUCUGCGUGUGUGUGAUCAAGUGGUUCACAGGAUCAAGGUCUGGACUUUGCUGUGAAAUUCAACAACUCCACACCGGGAACCUGCCGCUACCGCCAUGGACUUCUCGAAGCUGGCCAAGAUCCGCGACGAGGAGAAGGAGAGCGCCUACGGGUUCGUGUACGCCGUGUCCGGCCCCGUGGUGACUGCGUCGAGUAUGUCUGGAGCGGCGAUGUACGAGUUGGUGCGCGUGGGGCACAGCGAGCUGGUGGGGGAGAUCAUCCGCCUGGAGGGGGAGAUGGCCACCAUACAGGUGUACGAGGAGACCUCGGGCGUGACGGUGGGCGACCCGGUGUUGCGCACGGGCAAGCCGCUCUCCGUGGAGCUGGGCCCCGGGGUCAUGAACUCGAUCUUCGACGGCAUCCAGCGGCCCCUGCAGGACAUCGCCGAGCUGAGCAAGAGCAUCUACAUCCCCCGCGGAGUGAACGUCAGCGCACUCAGCGCAGACAAGAAGUGGGAGUUCAAGCCCGAGAAGAACAUGCGGGUGGGAGGUCACCUGACCGGGGGCGACAUCUACGCCGUGGUGUUUGAGAACUCGCUCAUCAAGCACCGGCUCAUGGUGCCGCCUCGAGCUCGCGGCACCGUCAGCUACAUCGCCCCCGCCGGCUCCUACGACACCUCCGACGUGGUGCUGGAGCUGGAGUUUGAGGGCGUCAAGGAGAAGCACACGAUGGUGCAGGUGUGGCCCGUGCGCCAGGUGCGCCCCGUCGCCGAGAAGCUGCCCGCCAACAACCCCCUGCUCACCGGGCAGCGCGUGCUGGACGCACUCUUCCCCUGCGUGCAGGGCGGCACCACGGCGAUCCCCGGCGCGUUUGGCUGCGGUAAGACGGUGAUCUCUCAGUCGCUCUCCAAGUUCUCCAACAGCGACGUCAUCAUCUACGUGGGCUGCGGCGAGCGCGGAAACGAGAUGUCCGAGGUGCUGCGAGACUUCCCCGAGUUGACCAUGGAGGUGGACGGCAAGGAGGAGUCGAUCAUGAAGAGGACGGCGCUGGUGGCCAACACGUCCAACAUGCCGGUCGCGGCGCGAGAGGCCUCCAUCUACACCGGCAUCACGCUGUCCGAGUAUUUCCGUGACAUGGGCUACAACGUGAGCAUGAUGGCCGACUCCACGUCCCGCUGGGCUGAAGCCUUGAGGGAGAUUUCGGGACGACUCGCAGAGAUGCCUGCCGACAGCGGCUACCCGGCGUACCUGGGUGCCCGUCUCGCCUCCUUCUACGAGCGUGCGGGGCGCGUCAAGUGCCUGGGCAACCCGGAGCGCGAGGGCAGCGUCAGCAUCGUGGGAGCUGUGUCUCCUCCAGGUGGUGACUUUUCAGACCCUGUCACGUCAGCCACGCUCGGUAUCGUCCAGGUGUUCUGGGGUCUGGACAAGAAGCUGGCUCAGCGGAAGCACUUCCCGUCGGUGAACUGGCUCAUCAGCUACAGCAAGUACAUGCGGGCGCUGGACGAGCACUACGAUCGCCACUUCCCCGAGUUUGUGCCGCUGCGCUCCAAGACGCGCGAGAUCCUGCAGGAGGAGGAGGACCUGGCCGAGAUCGUGCAGCUCGUGGGGAAGAGCUCCCUGGCGGAGACGGACAAGAUCACGCUGGAGGUGGCCAAGCUGAUCAAGGACGACUUCCUGCAGCAGAACGGCUACACGCCGUACGAUCGCUUCUGCCCCUUCUACAAGACGGUGGGCAUGCUCUCCAACAUGAUCGCCUUCUACGACAUGGCGCGCCACGCCGUCGAGACCACGGCGCAGAGCGACAACAAGAUCACCUGGGCGGUCAUCCGCGAGAACAUGAACGAGAUCAUGUACCGUCUCACCUCCAUGAAGUUCAAGGACCCACAAGAAGGAGAGGCUAAGAUCAAAGAGGAUUAUGCCAAGCUGUACGAUGACAUGCAGACAGCCUUCCGUAGCUUAGAAGAUUAAGCACACCACGCACGCACAUGUACACACGCACGCAUACAGAUUCACACGCAAGUACACACAUGUACACACGCACGUCUAUACAGAUUCACACACAAGUACACACAUGUACACACGCACGCAUACAGAUUCACACGCAAGUACGCACAUGUACACACGCACGUAUACAGAUUCACACACACGUACACACAUGUACACACGCACGUCUAUACAGAUUCACACAUAAGUACACACAUGUACACACGCACGUAUACAGAUUCACACGCAAGUACACACAUGUACACACGCACGUACACAGAUUCACACGCACGUACACACAUGUACACACGCACGUACACAGAUUCACACGCACGUACACACAUGUACACACGCACGUAUACAGAUUCACACGCACGUACACAUGCACGUACACACAUUCACACGCAAGUACACACAUCUUCUUGGUUCUUUCGGUAAAGUCACGUAGAAGGGAAGUAAUAAAAUAAUAAAAAUAAAACAUAAUAAAAUAAUUCUCACGUUUCGGCUACAACACCUCAAGACGGCUGCUUGCAUUGUAGCCGAAACGUCGUGAGAAUUAUUUUAUUAUGUUUUAUUUUUAUUAUUUUAUUACUUCCCUUCUACGUGACUUUACCGAAAGAACCAAGAAGAUGAAUCCCUGCAGUCACGAAAGCUUUAAAUGGAAAAAAAGUACACACAUGUACACACGCACGCACACAGAUGCACACGCACGUACACACAUGUACACACGCACGUAUACAGAUUCACACGCCCGUACACACAUGUACAUACGCACGUACACACAUUCACACGCUUAUUAAAAAAUAUGUUCACAGAAACACAUUCACA